AGCCAACUUCAUCAAAACACUUCUAAUUCACGGCAAUUAAGGGGAGGUUUCAAACGAAGAUGAUAGCCCUGUCAAGAAAGGAAGUCUUCAAACGCUUAUCGUUUUAAGUUCACAAGAACAAGCUGCGAAACGAUUUUCAGGAUUAGCAAGAGAAUUCUCGACAGGCGGAGAGCAUGCAAACUUGGCAGAGGUUCUUCAUCCCUCUUUGGGCCUUUCUCUCCCUAUCGUUGGGUGCCUCCGACGAUUAUUGCACAGACGAGCUCAAUCAGCCCAUUUCAUCGUGUGGCAGAUGCUUGUGGAGACCGGAUUGCCACUGGUGCCCUACCAAGAUCUCAGAAUUGGCCCGUGGAUGCAUCAAAAGGGCCAUUCCAUGUUCUGACACACCUAUCCAGUCGAGACCCAGUGUCCGGCAAAUUAUGGCAAAGCCCAUCGCCAAGGAGAAUUGGAUUAGUCCUCAACAGGUUCAACUCAACUUGAGCCCACAGACGCCUGGCAAUGUCACCUUCCAAGCCCAACUCUUUGAUUUGCCCGUGGACAUUUAUUUCUUGAUGGACCUUUCCAACUCCAUGACAAUUCAUAAAACUAAUCUGGUGAAUGCGGCCGAUGAAAUUGCUCAGGAAGUGAUGUCACUCACUUCAGAUUACCGUUUUGGUUUCGGGUCAUUUUCGGACAAGCCAACACCUCCGUUUGCUUCCGAAUUAUCAACUUAUAAGACAAUGCAGAACAGAAAUCAACCCCCUCCCUACAGUUUUCAUCAUCACGUCUCCAUGACUUCGAAUGCCACUGCGUUCAAGAAGACGGUUGAAAACUCGCCGUUGGCUGGAAAUGUGGACAGUCCGGAAUCCGGCAUGGAUGCAUUGAUGCAAGUUUUGGCCUGCGAUGAGGUCAUUGGAUGGCGACAAGACGUCCGGAAAGUCAUCAUUCUAAUCACUGACGAGGACACUCAUUUCGCUUAUGAUGGGUACCUGGGUGGAAUCACCAUUCCAAACGAUGGCGAAUGUCACUUGACUUUAUCCGAAGAAGGAGAUCACCAUUAUUACGACAAGCAACUUGAGAUGGACUACCCGUCCUUUGGGCACGUCGCCGAUAAGAUGAGCCAAAAGAACGUGGCUCUGAUCUUUGCUGUCGACGAGUAUAUGCAACAGCUUUACAAGGACCUGAGCAAGUUCCUUCAAGGGACCAGCAAUGUGGGACUGCUAGCCAAAGAAGCAUCCUCGCUGACCUCCAUUGUGACCCAACAAUAUCGUCAAAUCAAGAGCCGCUUAGCCUUGCAAGCCUCCACUGACAUCAAAAAUCUCGACCUUAAAUUGACAGGGGACAAGUGUGAGAACCCCACCCCCACAAGCGUCGUUUGCUCCAACGUGGCCCAAGGUCAAUCUCUCGAGUUUCAAUUGCAAAUCACAGCCAAGGAGGACCUCUGCCAAAACCCGAGCGAUGAGCAUCGUGUCAUGGUGAGCAUUGUGGGCUCAAGCAAUCACCAGAUGACCGUUAACCUUAAUUGCGAGCAUUGCAAUUGCGACGACGGAGCCAGGUUCCCUAAUGCUCCCCAAUGUAAAAAGAAGGGGACAUUCCAUUGCGGCGGGUGUCUCUGUGACGAGAAUCACGUGGGUCGCUCUUGCCAAUGUGAACUCACCCAAACGUCGGGAGAUCUGACCGAGACAUGCAUCGAGCGAGGUCAGGCCAUUCCUUGCAAUGGGCGUGGGGACUGCAAUUGCGGGGUAUGUCAAUGCCAAGGCAAAUACCGGGGCGACUUUUGCCAAUGCCAUGUGGACCAAUGUCCCACCAAAAUGCCGGGAAACCCAUGUUCUGGCCACGGCCAUUGCUCUUGUGACAAGGAUUCCCAAACCACGUGCACGUGCUAUGAAGGCUGGUCGGGUUCGGAUUGUGGAUGCGCUCAGAACUUCGAUGCCUGCCAGACCAAGUUCACGCGAGAUCCCUGUAUGGGUCGCGGCACCUGCGUCUGUGGCGAGUGCCAAUGUCAAUCAGGAUACUAUGGGAAGUACUGUCAAAAGUCCACCUCCAUGACCACGUGUGAGAAACUCGAGCCUUGUGUCAAGCUCAGGGCCUUUAAACUGGAGGACGAAGACGCAGACGAGAUCCACGCCGAAUGGCUCGAGGAGUGCAAGGCGAACCUCUUCAUGGGCGCACAAUAUGUUUUCGGCGGCAUGCAGAACGUCCUCAAGGCUUGUCAAAAUAACCUUGAUGAGAGUUCUAUGAUUUUCGAUCCCAGUAUUGUUCAGGAUUUCGAAUGUGAGGAUCUACUCAAGCGAUACGAAUUGGAACAACUGGAACGAAAAGAGGAGCGCCCAGAAUCGAGCGGUCACUCCAACUUUUCCAAGCGAGGCGACACCAAUAUUUGGAGCCAAGAGCGCAUCCUAUUGACCGACACCUCGAACAUGGAGCGUUGCGUGGGCUACAAAGAUCGGUGUGCCUUUUCCUUUUAUCAUGAUAACAUCGAGGCCGACAAAUAUUUUAGUCUAGAUCCAGAAAAGGACCCGGGCAAAGUGUUGGUGGCUUUCCGCAAUGUGAGCGGAACCUAUCAAGCCAUCACCUCCUGUACGGUGAUUCCCAUGGCCGUGAUCGUGGGGUCGAGCAUUGGACUCCUCCUCCUGAGUGGUAUCGUUCUUUUGAUCACCGCUAUUGUGAUUGUCAAUAUCAACGAUCUCCGGCGAUGGAAGCAGUAUCAAGCUUGGAAAGCCGAGAAUGAACGACAAUUGGGUGAACAAGACAACCCCUUAUAUGAAAGCAAAUCCACCACUUUCCAAAAUCCCUCAUUCAACUCUUGAGAUCAUUGGCCUGGGUUUGUCUUCGAUUCAUUAUUUGGGAUGCUGCAGAGGAGCAAAAAGAAUCCUCCAGUUCACCGACCCUUUCUUUGCAAUGAUUUGAUGGCCAUCUUCCCCCUCAAGAACACUACUAUAUAGUGGGUCUUAUCAAUAGUUAUCGGUCAUGGGCAAUCCCCAUGCUGGCUCGAUGGUGUCCAAGCAGCACGUCCUUAUUUGUUCGUUUUGGCGGAGCUUGACUCAAUGUUGUCGGUAAAAAAUAAAAAGAUAAGAAUCCUU